AUGAAAAAAUUUCAGAUUGUACGGGUAGACAGUGAUUCUGUUCACAAAGCUGAAUUGCAAAUUGGUGCCAAUGUAAUCGAUGUUGGAGUCGUUACUGGGUGCAAGGAUGAACGAGUGCCGAAGCAUGCCAUUACUAUUGAUCUUACCGCCGAAGGAGAUAUGACGAUAAGUCCGUUCACUCCGUGCUACAUGAAAUCACCCGGUUCAUCCGGAUGGGUACAACUUGAGGUGGGAUCAACCGUUCCGAUUCACGUGGGGGAUCUUUUUUCUUUGCUGAGCGACAAGCACUGGUUCAAGGUUGUUCGCGUCGAUGCAACUAUGGAGGAUAAUGAAUCUGGGUGGAAGCGCAAGGCAUCCGAGAAAUCAACUGACGAACCAUCUGAGAAAAAAAAUCGACUAGGUGGAAGCAUCGAGGCAAUACUAUCCCCGAAUGGAAAUCUUGAUAAUGUUCCUAGUAGUAUAGGAGUGGAUCCAGGGCAGGAGGAAUUCAAUCCCUUGGACUACGAGGACACGGUUCUCGAGUCUACCGAACAAACUACAAAUGAUAUCUAUGGAGCUAGCAUCCCGGAGGAGGGAAAAGUAGUGGAUGAGGCAUUGGCGACAAGGCCACACGCUUCAAGUACAAAAAGUUUGACUGAAUCUGACGAACCAGAUCAUUCGCCACCCUCUUCAGCUGCUGAAACAGUAGAGGUUGCUACAGAGGAAAGGAGUGCUGCAGAGUGUGCAGAGGCUACAAGUCUUGACGAGGCUGGAAAGAAAAUAAAAUGGGACUGUGGGCAACACUUCAGCGAUCGUAAUGAACAAAUUGCUGCCAAGUCGGAUAGAAUACUAAAUACAAAACAACCUACCGUCUCUACAUCCAAUACUGAUACGGCUGUAAAUGUGACAGCUACAGUCUCAACCCCUCCUACACGGAACAGAUGCACAUACGGGAGUAAAUGUUACAGAAAAAAUGAGGAACACAGGGCACAGUUCAGUCACCCUGGUGAUUCGGAUUAUGCCGUUUUGGACGACAGACCGGAAUGCCGUUACGGAGUACGAUGUUACAGAAAAAAUCCACAGCAUAGAAAAGAUUUCAAACAUACGAUUCAGCGGAGGAGGCGACCCCAGACGCCGAUACGAGCAAAGACUCCUGAAACAACAUCUGCUACAGAUCAAUCAUCUCUAGAGGAAUCUAUCGACGAAUCAGAAUACGAACCUUCAUUUUGUACAGACAGUUCGGAUGAAGCCAAAAGUGAUUGCGAUGAUAAGUAGGGCAGCUGGUGCAACCUUAAGUGUCUUGAUUUGUAUUGUACUUGUAUUCAAAUUGUCGGUGCUAGUGAAAAACUUGUACAAAUGUAUUUUAAUAAUAAAUCUCAUUUUUUACUAA